GAGCAAAAGUAUAAAUAAGAGACCGGCAAAUACAAUUACGAGUAAGGGAAAUAAAUUGAAUUUCGUGCGAAAGUAAUAAUCAAUGAAUCUAUCGAUAAACAUUUCCAAUUGUAAGACACAGACAGCGUAAAAAUCGGUCACAACUACAUAUAUCGAAAUGUGACAGUAUUAUCAGGGACAACGUCAGUGACAAUGGGUAGCCAUCUUGACUUUUGGUGCGCGAAUACCGCGGACUAUCGAGGAGAGUGUUUGUCGCGCGAUAGGCUAAACGACUGUGAACCGUUUAACUAUGUCUAUGGUUUUUACUGGAAUUGAUUAGCCCUCGUUGCAAUUUGAAGUUUCCUACGACCGAUAUAUCCAGGUGCAGGACAGACUAUGCAAAAGCGCAAAAGUGAGUGAGGGCGCACGACUCGCGCCCUGGGAGGCGAGGCAUUUCUCGCCGUAUUUGUCAUACGACUUGCGUGUAAAAGGAAACAAACUGUCGUGUUCCAUAUUCAGCAUCACAUCAUUAAUAUUACCGAAGCUCAUCAUACACAUUUGAAAACUACGCUGUGAAACCAUGAACGCAUCAGAACAUGGGUUUAACCCAGCCUUUAACAUGGCCUCCAUAAAACAAGCUUUUAAUGAGGCAGUCGAAAGAGUCUCAACAGUUAGAAUGCCUGCACCAACACGACUGAGGGAUCUCAUCAGACAAAUAAGAGCUGCUCGCACUGCAGCCGAGGAGAGAACAGUUGUUAAUAAAGAAUGUGCAUAUAUUCGCUCUACAUUUAGAGAAGAGGACAGUGUAUGGAGAUGCCGCAAUAUUGCAAAACUCUUAUACAUUCAUAUGCUUGGGUACCCAGCACAUUUUGGCCAAUUAGAAUGUUUGAAACUUAUUGCAUCUCCAAGGUUUACGGAUAAACGAAUUGGUUAUUUAGGUGCAAUGUUACUGUUAGAUGAAAGACAAGAUGUUCAUCUCCUAAUUACAAAUUGCUUAAAAAAUGAUUUAAAUAGUUCAACACAAUUUGUUAAUGGUUUAGCAUUGUGCACCUUGGGUGCAAUUGCAUCACCAGAAAUGGCAAGGGAUUUGGCAUCUGAAGUUGAAAGGCUAAUGAAAUCACCAAAUGCAUACCUUAGAAAAAAAGCAGCUCUCUGUGCAUUUAGAAUCAUUAGACGUGUACCAGAAUUAAUGGAAAUGUUCUUGCCUGCUACACGCAGUUUAAUUACAGAGAAAAACCAUGGAGUUUUAAUUACAGGUGUAACACUUAUCACAGAAAUGUGUGAAAAUAGCGUUGAUACACUAAACCAUUUUAAAAAGGAAUGCGGCCAUCGAGAGAUUGUGCCAAAUCUUGUAAGAAUUCUCAAGAACUUGAUCUUAGCUGGAUAUUCACCAGAGCAUGACGUGUCAGGAGUAUCUGACCCUUUCCUUCAAGUGAAAAUAUUACGUCUUUUGCGAAUUUUGGGACGCAAUGAUAUUGAGGCAUCAGAAGCAAUGAAUGAUAUACUUGCUCAGGUAGCAACAAAUACAGAGACCAGCAAGAAUGUGGGCAAUACAAUAUUGUAUGAAACUGUAUUAUCCAUAAUGGACAUAAAAUCAGAGAGUGGACUUAGAGUGUUGGCAGUAAAUAUUUUAGGCCGAUUUUUAUUAAAUAAUGAUAAGAAUAUUCGAUACGUUGCUUUGAAUACAUUAUUGAAAACAGUUUAUGUAGAUACAAGUGCAGUGCAAAGACAUCGUUCAACCAUUCUGGAAUGCUUAAAAGAUCCGGAUGUAUCAAUCAGAAGACGUGCAAUGGAACUUAGUUUUGCACUUGUGAACUCUAACAAUAUUAGAAAUAUGAUGAAGGAAUUAUUACUAUUCUUGGAACGUGCUGAUCCAGAAUUCAAAGCUCAAUGCAGUAGUAAUAUAGUGAUGUCUGCAGAGAGAUUCGCACCCAACAAACGUUGGCAUCUUGAAACCUUGUUUAAAGUUCUUGUUGCUGCUGGUAAUUAUGUCAGAGAUGAUGUAGUUGCAUGUACUAUUCAAUUAAUUUCGGAAACGCAAGCACAACAAGGCUAUGCUGUUAGUGCAUUGUGGAAAGCAUUGGAGAAAGAUACAUUCGAUAAGCAACCUUUAGCUCAAGUAGCAACGUGGUGUAUUGGUGAAUACGGUGAUUUAUUAUUGUACGGGCCACCAACGGAAGAUGCAGAAGCUCCAGUCAAUUUAACAGAAGACGAAGUUAUUGAUGUCUAUCAGAGGUUACUGUGGAGUCCACAAAAUACAGUUGUUACAAAACAAUACACCUUAUUGUCUCUCACAAAACUUAGUACACGAUUUCAGAAAGGAAAUGAAAAGAUACGCCAGAUAAUUGAUACAUUUGGAAGCAAUUUACAUAUUGAGUUGCAACAACGAGGUAUUGAAUUCUCACAGUUGUUCAGAAAAUACGAUCAUUUGCGCCCUGCGUUACUCGAGAGGAUGCCUCCAAUGGAAACAGCAAAACCUCAAGCUAAUGGUAUUAUUGGUAUGGUAAAUGGUGAACCAGAACCUGAAGAAGAAAAAUCAGUUGUGCUGGAAGCAAGUAGUACGCCACCAUCUGAUUCAAGUGUACUUUUAGAUUUGCUUGGAACCGCUGAUAUUGGAGUCACUUCUACAUUAUCAAAUAAAAAUCCACCUGCUAAUAAUACAACUUCCACAGUAAACAAUAACGAUCUGUUGGACUUACUUGGUAGUUUGGAUUUGAGUGCUCCUACAUCUACAUCUACAUCUACAUCUACAGCUACACUGCCACAAGCACAAACACCAACGCAAGUAUUCAGUCCUACAAAUGUGAACAACUUUUUAGUGGAUGGUUUACUUAAUUCAUCAUCAACUCAAAACGACACUCCUACUAUGAUUGUCUUGGAUAAAGCAGGUCUUAAAAUAACAUUCAGAUUAGAAAGACCACCAGAUAUUGCAGACCUAUUGAUCAUUAACAUGUCAGCUCAGAAUUCUGGAAGUGUUAUACUAACUGAUUUUCUGUUUCAAGCAGCAGUUCCUAAGACAUUCCAACUACAAAUGUUGUCUCCAUCGAGUACUGUAAUUCCUCCAUCUGGGCAAGUUACACAAGUAUUGAAAGUUACAAACGUCAACAAAGUAUCUCUAAGAAUGAGAUUACGCAUCUCUUAUACUGGAUCAUCAGGACCGGUCUUGGAACAAACAGAAGUAAAUAAUUUUCCUCCGUUGGCAUUACAGUGACAACAUAUAUCAAGAAAGACAAUUGUACAUAUGCCUGUCUAAAUAAGUAAUUGAGUUUGAAAUAGACUCAACUCAAUUUCAUUUCUUUAUUGGGUAAAAAAGAAACAUACUGCUAAAAGGACAUGUUUGACGACAAAUUUUCCGAUUAAUUGAAUCGAUAAUGGAUCAUACAUGGUACGAAUUUGAUAAGAUACAGAU